CCGGCCCACUCCAAUAUCGUGUGGUGGAGUUAGGUGUCGACACACCAGUUGUAGUAUGGCGGCCACAACGGACAGACUGAUUGGAAAAUUUGGCAGUUAACCGGAUUAAAAACUUGUAAAACCCUGCUUGAUUUUGGCCCAUAGGGUGGUGAUUUUUGCCAUGGCUGCUACGGAGAACAAUAUGACGCCGACCAAAGUGCGCUGGAAGGAACCCUCGCCUGUUACAUAUGGGAAGGUGGAAGUCAAACAGGUAGAACAUAGCGUAGUGCCUCCCGGUUUGGAGAGGGUCCAGUCCUUCGGGAGUGAGUCGGAACUGGACAUCCACCUCGCCUCGUCGCGAGCCAAGCGUCCCCCGGGUGUGCCUCGGGGCGUCCUGGUCAGCUCGUCCGCCGCCAUGAUGUCGUCUGACGGUAACAUCACCCCCAGAGACAUCGAGAAAGCCGUGAAAACCAGAGCACGACCAAGAAAAGAGUUUGAGGGAACGCCGUUCUUAAGCAUAGACAACAUUUCUCCUGGGACAGUGUUGGCCAGAGCUGAGGAGGAGGCCGCGAAGAGAAAAAAUCGGAAACUGAGGAACGCACUUCACUCCUACGGCCAGCGCAUACCAUCUUCUCUGGGGGAGGCACUGGAAGCAAGUUUCGGCAUCCCUCCGCCACCUCCCUCCACCCCCCGGAUGACGAAUGGUUGGGGCCAGAGAAGCCGGUCACCAAUGAGAAAAGAGAGCGUACCCAGAGCAAAGACUCCUGGGUCCAAGAGACAGAGCGCUUCUAAACCUGACCGCAUGGCGUCAGGUGUGUCCAGAACGUCCACCAGGUGCACCAGUGUGAUGUCCGGACAGCAGGUGAUGUACCGGUCACCCAACACCAACCCCAGGAAACCUCCACACAACAUCAAGGCUCCGUUCAAACAGGGACCUCUUCCCGACAUAGAGGGUCUACAGGAGCGCCCCCUGUCGCCCAGUGAGGAACUGAAGGAGGUCACAGCUCGAGGUGUCCACCGGGUGAAGAAGGCCCUUCUCCGGGAGCCGUCACCAGAACCCGUCCGCAGCGGGGGGAGGCUGCUGAAGGCCAAAUUAAAGCCAUUGUAUCCAGUGGCGCAGUUACGCGGACCAACCAUUCGCCAAUGUAGGGGUGUGCUAGCAGAGCGCUACGAACAAGAAGAGACCAUGGGUAAGCUGAAGUCCCGGAAGGCGGAACUCCUGGAGCAGCUGCGCGCCAGACAGCUCAUCCCGGAGUCCAUCCACCUGACGUCUGAAGCGUCGGAACUCACCGAGUCAGAGGACGAGGAGGACAGCCAGGAGGACGAGGAAGCCGUCAAACAACUGGAUGACUUCCAGGAUUCUGACGACGAAGAUGAUGGUGAUGAUGACCUAGUAGAUGAUGAUGAUGAUGACAAUGAUGAUGAUAUCGGACCCAGCGGCCUCCCUCCCACCACUCCCCCUCCCCCGUGUAGUCCCACCGACGAGGCCGCAGACUUCGACUUUCCCGUCGUCAACGGUGUUCCGCCAGAUAACGAGGAAAGAACUACCGAGACAAAAACUGACGAAGAGGAGAAACCCGACAGUGGAAAAGAAAACAGGAAAAAGCCACAAAAGAAGGAUCGCUGCAAAGAGAACAAUGAAAAGAACGACAGAAGGAAAGACGACGAUGAAGAAGGGGAGGGAGGUGGAGGCGGUAGGAAAAAUUCAGGCGGUUCUAAAGUUACACGCACAGGCCCAAACUCUGUAGCGCGUAAAGAAAGUACUUCGACAAAGCCAAACAAUGCUGCUAAAGACGGUGCCAAACAGACAAAGACUAGGAAACAGUCACGCGGAAAGAGGGUUCACGGUCCCGUGUCGUCCAAAGCCAGCAAGCGGAGUCCAAGAAACCCGAAAAGUGCAGGCAUGGCGUGGGAGCUGAAGAGAAUACGUCAACUGAAAUGUGGGAUAUGUGGAACCUUUACCUACAAUAUGGUAGACUUUGGGGAAACGACGGGAUACUGCGUUUGUGAGAAAUGUCACGAAAACAACGGCCAACCGGUGGAACAAGAUAGUCCUGUCGAAGAGCCAAGGGAAGACACUAAACGUAAGAAGAGGAGAGUGAGAUUUGUAGACGACAAGCCAAAUCCUGAACUAGAAGUCAUGAAGGACAAGUGGAGUAGACUAGACGAGGACAUCAUGAAAUCCUUGCAAACACUGACAUCUCUCAAGUGUUACAGAGACAGUGGUGAACAGGUACAAAGACACCAGGAUGACAACGAAGGAACGAAAGACAAGUGCAAUAUCAGUAGUGAAGAAGAGUCGGACGAGGAAUAUUUCUCUGCGGACUCAGAUUUCGAGGAUGGACCUGGGUAUGAAAGAACCAAAAUGACCAUACCAGACCUAAAAGAGUUCAAGGACACAAAGGUUGAAGGAAGUGACAGUGGACAAGGAAGUGACGUAUCGUCGGAGCAAGGCACGGUGGGAAGUGAAGCCGGAAGUGACGUAGGUCAAGUGGAUGUCAAGGUGGAGUACACAGUAAAACAAAAGAAAAGACCAAAAACGUCGAACGUCCGACCGCAAGAUGUAGAAAUGAUAUGUCGAGAAGUCAGAAAACUGCUGGCGAAUGCAUGGGGACAGGAAACACUGAAGAACUUGGAAGAGACUCCGCCCAAACCCAGACGAAAGACAACCACAGCGGUAAAGGAGAAACCUGCCCCGGUUACCCCGGCACUACGUGUAGUCCCGGCCUCGACGUUCCCUCCGCUGUGUUUCCAGAUUAACGCCCUCCCCCCGCCUGGCCACCUGUUCUACUUCGCCUAUGGAGCUGACAUGAACCCUGACAGAAUGGCCACGUACCUCGGAAGUGAGAUCGAGGAAAGGCGAUGGGGUCUUCUGUAUGGGUUCGACAUCUUGUUCAACAAGAAAGGUUUUGACAGAGCUGCCGGCAGCUUUCCCAACAUUGAGUUUAACCCUCUGCGGUCUGUGGAAGGCUGUGUGUACGACAUGACUCAGGACCAACUCAGUGUUCUGGACAGUCACAUGGGUUAUCCACUGCAUUACGCAAAGGCCGUCCUGCCGGUGUGGGUGUCGAACUGUGCCGACCCGACCGCCCUGGGUGUCGCGCAGUACUGUGUGCCUGCCGUCAUGUACAUAGCUCAGGACGAGUGGACAGGAGACCGUCACUACGGACUGCAGCUACAGUGUUGGGCAAUGUCUCCAGGGCGGGGACCUGUUAACACCUGGGUACAUCAGACACCUGGAACAGCUGCAGCUGCAGGCGCCACGUGUGGCGGCAUCUGUGGCUUAGAAUCUACUAUCGAGAAGUUGUUCUUCAGAUUUUGUUGUGGGGUGGGGGUCACGUUUGCUUUAUCAUUGUUUACAUGAAAACUAGUGAGAAUCUAUGACGGAUGAAGACCACAAGCCAACAUAACUCGUGUAUUUAAGUAUUACAUCGCAUGGGUAUCUCGCGGUCCAUGUUUGUACAACCAAGGACAUUGGAACACAUUGGUACAACAUAUAUAUUAUGUUAUUGAUAGAUAACAAUCUUUGUGAUUUUAAAGACAGUUCAGUUGUAUUAUGUGUAUGUACAUAAGUCUGCACAUUGUUGGUGAAAUCACAGGUAAUCUUUUUUUCUAACCAUAUAUAAUAAUCAUAUUUCACGUCUACACCACAUAUAAUGUUUCUUCAUAAAUAUUCUGGCAAAACAUCUGUACAUAAUAAUCUGUACACAAUCGUCCUGUAAUUUUGAAGAAAACGAUUAUUCUUGUGACCAACACACAAAAUGGUACAUAACAAUCAGAGGAUUAAAAUAAAUUGUACAACAGUUUAACAGACUCAGCAUUUCAUUUACAUGUAGUAAUAUUGUUAUAAAAAUCGAUGACAUUUUAAGGUAACGUACUCUACAUCAUACAUAACGAUAUUAAGUGAUAACUUGAAUGAGAAAAAAGGUAUUAGCAUUCUCUACCCACGUUACAUAUAUGCAUCUAUACUUUAUUUUAGGGAACCGAAUCCAUAUGUUAGGCCAUACGAUUAAUAUACAUAUUUAUUAAUAAACAGGCAAACUAAAAGUACUAGUCCACACACAUGGAAUAUAGAAAGUUUCCC